AAUAACUUGCCUACAAGACAUCAACAAGCGAAAACGAAGCUCAUUUGGUUUGGAUGGUUCAGGGAACCACAAAGAAAUCCUGCCAAGUGUGAAAAGAAGAGGCAUUGCACAAGAGGAACAGACCUCAAACUUGAAAUGCAGAGAUGGAGGAUUGCCUACUCAGGAAGAUGUUGAACAGCCAAACAAGAACAAAAAUUCCAGUCUAACAUGGAUUUGUGAAGAAACUUUGAAUAACACAGUUAUGCCUUCAUAUAAGAAACCUCUUUAUGGGAUCUCUCACAAAAUUACAGAGAAGAAGACUUUGCCAGGAACAGAACAGUUUACUACCUUUGAGUUAUUUGAAAAGAUUAAUCCUAGCAGUCCCUCCAGUCUUAGGACUUUGAAUGAGCAGCGGAAAAGAGAAACAAGCAAUAUUACUGCCGAAUCUGAUUCAAAUAUCUAUUCUUUAAUACAAAAAAUGUUUUAUACACUGAAUACAUUAAAUUCUAACAUGACUCAACUGCAUAGCAAAGUCGAUCUGUUGUCACUAGAAGUCAGUAGAAUUAAGAAACAUGUCAGCCCAAUGGAUGCUGUUGCAGAAUUCAAGCCCCCUCCUGAGUAUCAACUGACUGCCUCAGAACUCAAACAGAUUAUGGAUCAAAGUACAUCAGGUGGUGAUCUGGCUUGCCGAUUACUUGUACAACUUUUUCCAGAACUCUUUAGUGAGGAUGAAUUAAGUAAAGCCUGUACCACAUGUGGUUAUCUUAACAAAAAGAAACUUGAAUCACUUCAUCUGCAGCUCAUCCGAAAUUAUGUGGAAGUCUGUUAUCCAUCUGUGAAAAAUCCUGCUGUUUGGCAAGCAGAAUGUUUGCCUCAGGUCAAUGACUUUUUCAAUAGUUUUUGGGCUCAGAGAGAUAUGGAGAAUAGUCAACCGGAUAUACAAUCCUCCAGUUUUUAUGAGUCUGAUCAUAUUAAUGAUAAAGAUGAUGAUGAAGUUCUACCUAUUGAUGGAAAUACUUCUGUUGCCUCAGAAUGGGUAUUUGAUGCUCAGGAUAUAAAUGAAUUUUUAGAUGAAGCAUCUUCUCCUGGAGAAUUUUGUGUAUUUUUGCUACACAGAUUGUUUCCAGAACUCUUUGAUCAUAGAAAAUUGGCUGAAAGAUACAGCUGUUAUGGAGAGUGUGGAAAACAAGAACUUGAUCCUCAGCGACUUCAGGUAAUCCGCAGAUACACAGAGAUUUACUUUCCUGCUAUGCAGGAGAGAAAGGCUUGGUUACAGCAUUGUGUUCAGCGAAUAAAUGAUGAACUUGAAAGCAUGUAUAUGGAUGACAGUGAGAAUGAACAGAU